AUGGGAGAUCGCCAAAUCAAACUACCCUCCGAGUGGAAUCGGGUCCGAGUGCGGCUGUGCGCGCACGCAAUCGCGGGGGCGGAGCGCGGCCGUUUUGCUAGGCACGCCCUUUGCGGCGGUGGUUUUGUGGUGCGAUGGGAGAGGAGGGAGAGGGUUGUAGCGGCUAACAAACGUGGUGGACAAAAGGCCGCUCGACCGGCCCGUGGAAAACAAACGUGUCGUAAACACCUGUUUUUACCUGUUCACCGUCCCUAUAUAAUAUAA